AUGCAUCUCAAUCACACAAUAAUGCAGAAAGUCAACCUUCUUAUUCUUCAGUUAGAGGAUCAAACAUCUUGGAACAACUUCCAAGUAACCCCAUCAAAAAGGAAGUUCAUUGAAGUCGAUUCUGAAAAGGAAUUUGCGGAUCAGAUUUCAGUGAUCAGAGCCAUCGCAUGUAUACUGAAGACGAUGUUUGACAACCCAUGGACCUCAUGGAAGAAGGUUGACAAAGAACAUCGUGAUGCAAUGUGGGAACACUUUAAGGGUUUGUAUGUCUGGCCCGAAGCGACUAAUGUUCUUGCUCGCAUGGUAUGGGAAGACUAUAUGAAGAAACGAUUUCCUGACAUAAUGCGAAGAACACGUGAAGAAUCUUUAAAACUUGCCAAAGCUGCAAAUGUGAAUGCCUCACUAGAAGGGGAAAAUAACAUAAAUAAAUUAGAAGAUGGCUCUAUUUCCAAACAUACAGGGGGUUCUAUAUAUAUUCAUCAACAUAAGAAAAGAAUGCAAGCAACACUUAAACGCCCUCCUACAGGAGUUGAACUUUAUGCAAGGUUGCACACUAAACGGUCUACUCAAGAGUACAUUACACCAAAGGCAGCUAAAGUUAAGGAGGCUUAUGAAAGUGCUAUGGUGGCUAAGUUUGGUGAUGAUACUAGUUGCCACCCCCUCUUGGAUAAUGAAACAUGGUGUGAUGUUUCCGGAGGAGUCAAGAAAGGAAGAAUAUAUGGAUUCGGAUCUGUGUCUGAUCCAGCGAGCUUUUUGGAAGGAACAUCUAGUACAAUAACAUCCCAAGAGGUUGUCUAUGAACGUGUACGAAACGAGAUGCGAGGGGAAAUGGAUGCUAAAGCUGCAGAAAUGGAAGCUAAACAUCAACAAAUGCGUGAGGAAAUGGAUGCGAAAGCUGCAUCAAUAGAUGUCAAACAACAACAAAUUGAUGCAAAAUAUGAAGCAAUGGAGAAGAUGUAUGCAGCCUUGCAAAAUAUGAUGAGAAAUUGAAAAUUAGAGGUAAUAUGAUGUUAACCAUUAGUAUUUGAUGUUUUUGAAUGGAAUGUGAACCGAAGAUGAUUGGAUGGACAUGAAAUGAAGAGAGCAUCUAAAAUGUUAUUUUGAAAUUAUGUUUUGUGAAAACUCAUUUCCCGAUGCAUACUUUGGAUUUCUUGGUGCUAAAAUGUUAUUUUGAAGUUAAACCUUUAGGAGUUUGAUGUUAUAUGGAUAGUUUUGGUUUUGGAUGUUUUUUAAAUGAUACUUUGGUAAACUUUGAUAGUUUUGGUAUUGUAAUGUUUGGUUGCAUUGUUAUUUGAUGUUUUUUAGUAUAAAAAUUUGUUGAUUGUAG